CCUAAAUAUGAUUGUAUGCAGUAUGAGUCAAUUAAAGACAUGAAGGCCUUAGAUGUGGUUGUUGAGUCUUACUUUGAUGGUCGGUUAUACAAAAAUAAGAUCUGGACGGGCACUGUUGAAGGCCUUCCUGUCUAUUUCAUUGAGCCUCAACAUCCUGGUAAAUUCUUCGGGAGAGGACAACUUUAUGGGGAGCACGAUGAUUUCAAACGAUUUUCAUUCUUUAGCAGGGUAGCACUUGAGUUACUACUUCAUGCUGAAAAGAAACCAGAUAUAAUUCAUUGCCAUGAUUGGCAAACAGCUUUUGUUGCACCACUUUAUUGGGAUCUAUAUGUGCCAAAAGGAUUGGACUCAGCGAGGAUUUGCUUUACAUGCCAUAAUUUUGAGUAUCAAGGGACUGCACCAGCAUCAGAAUUAACAUCUUGCGGUCUUGAUGCUUAUCACUUGAACAGACCAGACAGGAUGCAGGACAAUUCCGCAAAUGAUAGAAUAAAUUCCGUGAAGGGUGCAAUUGUGUUUUCUAACAUUGUUACCACAGUUUCACCAACUUAUGCUCAAGAGGUCCGGACUGCUCAGGGAGGAAAAGGACUUCAUGCAACAAUUAACUCCCACUCUAAGAAAUUUGUUGGAAUUCUGAAUGGAAUUGAUACUGAUGCUUGGAAUCCUGCUUCUGAUAAUUUUCUUAAGGUCCAGUAUAGUGCCAGUGACAUAGAGGGGAAAUUAGAAAAUAAAGAAGCUUUAAGAAGACUUCUAGGGCUCUCUUCUUCUGAAAUUAGACGACCAUUGGUUGGUUGCAUAACAAGACUGGUUCCUCAAAAGGGUGUGCAUCUUAUUAGACAUGCCAUAUAUAGGACUUUGGAGUUGGGAGGUCAAUUUGUUCUUCUUGGUUCUAGUCCAGUGCCACAUAUUCAGAGGGAGUUUGAGGAUAUCAGAAACCAUUUCCAAAAUCACGAACAUGCUCGGUUGGUAUUAAAGUAUGAUGAGGCUCUUUCCCAUUUGAUUUAUGCAGCAUCUGACAUGCUUAUCAUCCCAUCCAUCUUUGAGCCUUGCGGCCUUACUCAGAUGAUAGCGAUGAGAUAUGGGUCUAUACCAAUAGCUAGGAAAACAGGGGGCUUGAAUGAUAGUGUUUUCGAUGUUGACGAUGACACAAUCCCAGAUCAGUUUAGAAAUGGAUUUACGUUUGUGACUGCUGAUGAACAGGGAUUCAACAACGCCUUGGAACGUGCAUUUAACUACUACAUGAACAAUGCUGAGACUUGGAAAGAGCUGGUUCAGAAGGACAUGAACAUAGAUUUUAGUUGGGAUUCGUCAGCAUCACAAUAUGAAGAACUUUACGAUAAGGCUGUUUUGAGGGCAAGAACUGCAAGUCGUAGUUGAUCUCUUUCUAACCAUGAUUUGUUAAUUCAUUGAUCUAAGCUACUUGUCAAUGCCAUCAUUCCGUGGCGAUAGCAUCUGUUAGGGGAUAACUAGGCGAGCAACCCUUGACAGAACAUUGUGAUUCACAAAAGUAAAAUGCAUGUAUGAUGUCGGACAUCAAAGGUAAAAGUCAGAAUUGGCAUACCAUCUGCGAAGCUUUUCCGGCAAGAAAAUGAACAACAGAGUUUUACAAAUUUGUAUAAAUCUCUAUGUUAGUAAAUAUAUAUUCUUUUCCACCAAAUAUGUUGUUAGUAUAUACUUCGCAUAGUGCUUGCAACUUAAAGCAAAUACAUAGACAGUGUAGUCAACUUGUUUAGUACGUGAGAUCUUGUAUAGAUUUUAAAGAGAAUCCAUUAAAUUCCAUAAGCUGCUCUAGUCUGUAAAAUCAAGUUUAAGCUUUUAACAGCUUUACAGUGUUUUUAGUUACUCGAAUGUCCAGUGGUCAUUAGGCCUUUUUUCCUGUGUUCUUUUUUUUUUUUUUUUUUUU